GUAAGUUUAUUUAUAUGGUUAAGUUUCAAUUAUUGAUUGGUUUAAAGAAGAUAUCAAAUUUGUUCGCAAAAGCUUUGUUUAGGUUUAACAAAAAUAAACGUGUUUCUUAUGUUGCCACCUUGGAGCAGGGUUUUUUAUUUUACAACUUAUAACGAACAUAAUUUGACAGAUGAUCGUAAAUGUUAAUUUUCUAUUGAAUUUGAUAGUUUUUUUUGCAUAUAAGACAUUCCAUUUUGAGUCGGUAUGUAAGUGAUGAUAUCAAAUAGCUCAAGUUCCUACAAGCAUAAAGCUUCAAAAAACCAUGAUUUUGACUAUGAUCACUCAGAUGAAAAUUACGACAAUAACAGUGUAGAUGAUGAAGCUGUAGAAAGCAAUCAUAAGUACAAUGUUUAUUCACGUGAUGGCAGAUACAGAGGAGGUAUUGGACGUGCCAAGUCCACCGAGUUUAGAUCAUCGAAUAGAUUGCAUGAUAGAAGAGGUGGCUACAGAGGCAGAGGGGGCUCUUCUAGAAGAGGUGAUAGGGAUUAUUCUGACAACCUAUAUUCAACCAGAAAAUAUGAUUUGAGAAACUCAGACUCUGGAGGAAAUUAUAGAGGAAAAUUUUAUGAGCCAGAGAAAAAAGUCGACUUCAAAUACAGCUUGCCUGAGGACACGCGAAUAUCGAAGCUUUUAAGACGACUAUCGUCGGAAGUUGAUCAAGACAACUCAUUGGCCAUAUCUAAAAAGCUAUUGGAAGUGCUACUGAUUCCCGACAAUGCCAUCUACGUCAGAAAAGCAUUUCACAUACUCGGGGAGUCAAUGUACGACAUUGUGCACGUUUCGCCUGGGCCUCUGGCCAAACAACAAGCCGCCAGAGCACUUGGUAGGAUGGGAUACAUAAUGGGACAAGAGAACGAUUUCGAGAGGUACCAGCACUGGUUGUUUUCAAAGAUGGUUAGUUCGCAUGAAGAAAUACAAAUAUUGCUAAUGAAAUCCUUUAAAGAGACGUUUAGUAUGGAGGCUAAGAAACCAGUUCUUGAGAACCAUGCAGACAACUUAAUAAAUAGCCUGGUUGCAACCAUAGAGACUACCGAAAACACUGAAAUAUUUAAAGCAAUUUUGGACACACUGAUGAGUUUUGUUGAACUAUACCCUAGAAAUUUUUAUGAUCAAUUUAGGGAUACUAUAGAUCUCUUAUUUGGUUGGCAUGUUGAUCACACCCAAUCUCUAAGCAACAUUGAAUUUAUAUCCAGAAAUUUAUUACGAACAUCCCAUCAUUUCAAAUAUAAUUUGGAUUUUUCUGUUUCGUUGAUAGAAAAUUUUCUUGAGGAUAUUGCUAAUUACUCCACGCAAAUUGAACACGUCACGGUCUUAAUACUUGCUCUUAAUACUAUUUUAAAAUGUCUUGAUACAGAUUUUUACCCUGUAAACAAUAAAUUUGGAAGUGUUGAAUUCGUAAACAAAUGCUUAUGGAAGAUUGCCAAUGUGUUUCAUGAUUUUUUAAAAGAAGGUGUACAGGAUAAUUUAAUAAUAGCGGCUAAUGAGUGCAUAUCGUUGCUUUUGGCUGCCAUAGAAAAUAAAUCUCAGAAGCUAACUACAAAAAUUUUCGAAUUAACCGACGACGAAUUGGCACUGAUUGACGAUUUUUCGGAUGCAUCAAUAGUAUCCCUGCUUUUAUUUAUAUCUAAAACUGUUAAAGAGCUUUCAACCAAUUUACCAAUUGAGUUAAUAGAAAAAUUAAUUGGACCUGAGUCAAAAGUCUUGUAUCUAAGACAUUCGCCAGUUAAAAACAUUCAGAAUGCUGUCAUUUGCGUUUAUCAGUCUCUCUUGAACGUUAAAAAUGUUUCGUUACUUCAAGAAGCGUAUAGAUAUGUACUUGGAGAUCUAGAAGUGGCAUUUAGGCAAAUUGUGCCAAACUUGGAGUUCUUAACACAAAACAACCCUUUUUCUGAGAGAAAAAUUAACAAAUCGGAAAACUUUGAGUUAACAGUACUAUUUCUUUUAAGAUGCUUAUCGCAAUUGGCAAACGCAAGCUCGAUCAUUGUUAUGUGGGCGCUGAAGCCAACAAUACUGGAAUUAGUAGGCGUAAAUUUGCAACCAUAUAAUCCGCUUCUUGCCAAAAAUACACCAUCCCUGCAGUACAGUUUGCUUUAUUUGUUGUAUUCGCAUUGUAAAUGUUACAACCACUUUAUAUCAAACAGCUCAUUGGUGACCAACAAAAAAGAACUGCCGAAUAUGAUGAAAUUGUUUACCAUUAGUGACGGAUUAAAUAUGAACGAUGUUCCAAAUACAUCUCCAAAUUCAGGGAACUUUGCAAUUAUUCUUAAUAUACUUUACAAAACAUUAAAUACUACCACGUCUUGUGAAGUUAAACUUUUACUGCUUCAGUGGAUGAACGAUAUUUUAAUAAAUUCUGAAAAUUAUCUUGAAAACCUAUAUGACAACGAACAGUUUCAACAAAUAACCAACAUUUUAGUAAAAUGUGGCUACAAGUUUCAUCCAAAAAUAGCAGAAAUGGUGUGUGAGAAUUUGGACAAACUUUUAAGCAACAAGCAGCUGUCAUGGACUAACAUUUUUCUAAGUAAUGUUUGCGAUUUGUGCAAACUUCACCUAAACUCUAAUCACCAAGAAUUAAGACAGUGCUAUGGAAAUUUGGUUUCUAACAUACCAUGGGAUAUUGCUAUAGUUGAGCUUAACAAAAAGAAUACUGGUUAUACCAAGAAAAUUAGGAGGAUGCAGUCAAAAGACUACAACAAUUAUAUGCUUUAUAUGGCCCAGCAUUUACAUUUAAACGGUAACAUCGAAGGUGAAAUUUAUUCACUACAAUUUAAAGCGUUUAUGGACUAUUUACUAAACAAUGAAGAUUAUCCUCACCAUUGGUUACAAGAAUUAUUUGCUUGUUGUUGGACAUACGAAGGGCAAAUGAACAUGGAGUUAUUUUAUGAACUUGCUAUUAAUUCCAGACAAGUGCUAAGUAAUUGGGUUACACUUGAAGCAGCUCAAUUUUGCGUAAACUAUAAGCUAAGAACGCCGCUAGGAAAGCCCAACGAAACAUUUACUAAGAUUGAAGGUGCCUUAAAUCAACUGGGCAAUGACUUAAUUGCCUUAAAGAAAACUGGUAAGAGUGAUACUGCUAACACAGAUGCGGAUAGAGUAAAAAUGCUGUUGCAAUUCGUAGAACAUCUCGAAAAAUCGAUAUACAAUGCUUCUGAAGGCACAGCUCUUGCAAUGCCACAGCCAACUAAAGUGGUCAAGUCCUUUUUUAUUGCUAAUACCAACACUUGCAAUGAAUGGCUGUCCAGAAUACGAAUGGUUGUCAUACAUAUUGCUCUACAUUCAGGAGAAUCUAACAUUGCUUUAAGACAUGGUCAAAGUCUUUUAAGAGAUUUUGUGAACAGCGGCAAAUCCAACAGUCCAGAAUUUGAAAAGGUUUUAAUUUUCGUUACAAUUGCUUUUCUUAACUUAAAAGAAACAGAAGCUUUGUAUGGAGUGUAUGCAUGGUGCAAAAAUAUGUUUGCUAAAAGGCUGACAUGGAUAAAACUAGCUGCAGAGCAGGCAUCGAAAAAAUAUGAAAUCGCACUUGAGGGAUAUCUAAAACUAUUAGAAGAAAAUCAGAACCCUGACGAGAAAAAUAAACCUGACUGCCUACCUCUUGAACCAGAUACCUUAAAUUUUAUCCAAGAUCAAAUAGUUGUAUGCUAUAAAGAGUUAAACAAUUGGGCUGAUUUAGUCAAGUGGCAUGAACAGGAUAAACAAGAAAACAUAGAAAAUGGUAGGAAAUACUGGUUUAAUUCGACUGAUUGGGAUUGUAACAAGAGCCUGGCCAACUUGGAUAUUAGCAAUCAUGCGUUUAAAAGUUUAUCUACAUGGGAGUACAAGGAGGAAAACAAAUCUUGGAGCGUCUAUGAAACAUUAUCAGCUGUUGAGACUAAUUUGUUUAAUGUUGCUGUUAAUAUAACUUCAAAGACAGUCGAAGAUUCCACAACAAAACUUAAUACCAAUAUUUCGACCAUACAAAGAUCCAUACAAGAACAUUUAAAUUCAGCUCCUACAGAGUUUUUGCAAAACUUUUCGCUUCUUUUAUAUGUAGCAAAUGGUUUAAAAAAUGUCGCCAACAACUCUCCAGCACAUACUGUAUUCUUAGUGUCAGAAAACUUCGAAAAUGAAAUAGAAAAAGUAGAUUCGUCUGUUUUAAGAAAAAUUUUGUGGUGGUCUGAAUACUUUGGAGCUGUCCAAAAUCAAGGUUUUAACAUCUUCUGUAGCAAUCUUAGAUUAGAUAUAAUAAAACGAGCAAGAAAGGAAAAAAACCACAAGUUGGCUCAUUUGCACCUUACGAAAUUCUUUAGAGACAAGGAUGUACAGCUGGAAAACUUUGAAUACGGAAGUAUUGCAAAUACCUUUAUUGAAAAGGUCGGUGAUAUUCAAAUAUGGUCAGUGGAUGUAGCUAAAGCGGCUUCGGAAAUAAUAAAACUCUCCUACAUUCAAGAGGAAAACAGAAAUCAUACGUUUAAUUUAUGCGCGGCCACCUCUACAGCAAUAUCAAAGUACGCGGAACUGUUUGGUGGAAUGGAGCUGAGAAAAAUAAGCAGCAAAAUCUUAAUAAAAUUAGCAGCUUGGUUGCAAAUAAAUGAAAAUAUAUCUUUAACUGAAAUGAAUAGUCCGCUAGGAAAACUUAUUAUGGUCCUACCAGAAAUCGGCAUGAUGGAAAAUAUUGCUGCCAAUAUUAUUCCAUUAAACGAAAUGGCGAUUGGAAAAUUGUUACAAUUUAGCGUUCAUCAUUGUACAACGUUAGCGAAAAGCUGGAACGCUUUCGGAACUUGGUGCUAUAGAUGGGGCAAGAAAAUCGUUGAUCACAGCUCCGAUAUUAAAAACAAUCUAACGGAUGAACAAUGUUUGGAAAUUAAAAAACUUCUACCUUCAGAUGCCACUGAAGAAGAUUGUGAAAAAAUAAUGCUAAUAAUUUCGCAAACGCGGUCUAUUAUAGAUGAGGAAGACAUCGAUUCCAAUGAAAUCAAUACUUCGGAAAUGAUACAGGGUCAGUUGCAAUGUGUGGAUGUUUUGAAAUACGCCAAUGAUGAUGUUUUACACGGUUUGGUGCAGAUUUGGAGAAAUACGCAAAAGAGAAUAUACGCGUACUACUUUUUAAGUGCCGAUGCUUACUUUAAAUAUUUGCAUUUAGCCUCGAAUUUAGAAAAUAUAACUAAAAGUACAGAGUGCUAUACUAUUACGGUAACUUUAAGAUUACUUCGUUUAAUUGUGAAAUAUGCCCUUGAAUUGCAAAAUAUUCUCGAGGAAGGCCUGCAAACAACACCAACUCAACCUUGGAAAGUUAUUAUACCACAGCUGUUCUCUAGGUUAAAUCAUCCCGAGGGUUACGUUCGUCAUCGGGUUUCUGAUUUAUUGUGCAGAGUUGCCGAAGAUGCUCCCCAGCUUAUUACGUUUCCCGCCGUGGUAGGAGCUUUAGAAGGUGGUUUAAAAUUCGAAUUUUCCGAAAUUACCUUACCGAAAGAUUGCUUAUCCCAAAACAAUGACAGAAUAGAAGAUAAUGAGCUUAAUGAAGAUGAUGAUUACGACAGCGAUAAUGAAGAAUCCACCAAUACUUUACAGACCUGCUUUAAAACUAUGGUAGAUACAUUGAGCAAACAAGAUUCUGAAACUAUCACACAAGUGCAAACUCUUGUAAAAGAGUUAAGACGUAUUACUUUGCUCUGGGAUGAGCUUUGGCUUGGGACUUUGGCUCAGCACCAAACCGAAAUUAGUAAAAGACAGCAACAACUCGAGUUCGAAAUUGAGAAGGUCAACGAAAAUACAAAUUUAAAUAGCGAAGAAAAAAUAUCCUUAAUAGCUGAAAAACAUCGCAUCAUCAUUAAACCGAUUAUUUUUAUUUUGGAACAAUUAUUGGAUGUUACUUCAGUGGACGCUGAAACUCCUCAUGAAAAAGAGUUUCAAGAAAAGUAUAUGGAUGAUAUUAAAUCCGUUAUUGCUAAAUUGAAAAACCCUGAAACUCCAGAGAAACCUCAGGAAUCACUUUUACCGCUAAAGACUCUACAAAAGAAAUUCCAACAAAAAUUCCACAAACGCGCUUCAUACAGUUUAAAAAUGCAAGAUAUAAGCCCCAUUUUACACGGCAUCAAAGACACUGUAAUAGCUAUGCCUGGAAUUGCAACUACAGCCAAAAAUAUUACCAUUGCUUACGUUUCGAAUGUAGUUUCCAUACUUCCAACGAAAACCAAGCCCAAGAAGUUAAUAUUUUAUGGAUCAGAUGGGCAGACUUACACCUACCUAUUUAAAGGAUUGGAAGAUUUGCAUUUGGACGAAAGGAUUAUGCAGUUUUUGAGCAUCGCCAACACAAUGAUGGCUCAAAAUACAGAUCCGACCGGUCACAACUUGUACAGGGCUAGGCAUUACUCUGUCAUACCUCUGGGACCGAGGUCAGGACUUAUUUCCUGGGUAGAUGGAACAACGCCGGCUUUUGCUUUGUAUAAACGUUGGCAACAAAGGGAAAUUGCAAAACCCAGCACCAAAAACGCUGUCAAUACUACAACCAGUGUAUUAAGACCAUCUGAGUUAUUCUACAACAAAUUAAAUCCCUUGCUGCAAGAGCAUGGCGUGAAAAAUCCAGAAAACAGAAAAGAAUGGCCUUUGGCAGUGCUAAAACAAGUCCUAACCGAACUUAUGUCUGAAACUCCCAGCGAUUUACUUUCCAAGGAAUUGUGGUGUAACUCCAUUAGUGCUGGCGCGUGGUGGCAAAUCGUCAAGAGAUACUCAUAUUCCGUAGCUGUCAUGAGCAUCAUCGGGUACAUCAUUGGUUUGGGCGACAGGCAUUUGGAUAACAUGCUGGUGGACCUGAAUACUGGAGACGUGGUUCACAUAGAUUACAACGUUUGUUUUGAAAAAGGAAAAACACUGCGAGUUCCGGAAAAGGUUCCUUUCCGUCUAACUCCCAACAUAAAGGAAGCAUUGGGUGCUACUGGAGUUGAGGGUAUUUUCCGUUUGGCCUGCGAAAACGUAUUAAAGACAAUGAAAAAGGGCAGAGAAACGCUGCUAACGCUUCUCGAAGCUUUCGUAUACGAUCCGUUGAUAGACUGGACCGUGGGUGGUGAGGUUUUGGCAGGAACAACUUUUGGAGGGGUGGCCACUACAGGUACCUCGAGACAAAGUAAAAAGGACUUGGAACGCGAAGUCACUCUAUCCAUGUUUAAUGUACGAUGUACCGAAAUGAGAGCUGAAUGGAACGAGAACAAAGACGAGGUGUUGAGCGAACUACCAAAAUUGGAAGCCAGUUUGAACCACUGGUUGAGCAUAGAAAAGGUUAUAGCAAAAAGUGAUGAUUUACUUCAAGAUUUGCAUCAGCAGUUGGCGUUAGUAAAGGAAGCUGAAGCUCAUGGUGCCAAUAAACACCCCCUGUACAAGUUGCCAAUGAAAUAUGCAGCCUACCACAAAUCACAGAGUGCUAUGAAUUUAGCUAAGAAAGAUCUGGAAACAAUUAUCACAGAUUACCAAAGACACUUGCUUGUUUACGACGAAGCUCUUAAAUCAUUUGAGAAAGGCACUUCAAAUGCCCUCUUGAUAAAUAUUAGUAGUAACGGAUGCGAUACAAACAUAUUUGAUUUGGUUCGUGAGUUUCUUCACAAUGCUGGUAAAGACGAUGUAAUCUUACAAUGCCAGCAGUCCGAAACCGAAAUGGAUGAAUUAUGCCAAAACAUUAACAUUUUCUCUAAAAAAUGUUUGCAGCAUUUACAAAACUAUUAUAGUAUAUUAUCAACCAGUCCUAAAUCUUACCUGGACAAUCACAGAUUAAAAUUAUUUGUACAAUGGGCAAGUUUACUUCUUGAAAAACGCAACAUUGAAUCUUGCGAGUAUGUCUUUGAAAAUUUCAAUGUCCUAUUGGAAAACAAUUUGUCCACUAACGUAUUUAAAUUCGCAAUUGGUUUAGAUAGUCUUUAUCAAGAAACAGUUGGACACGUUAAUAAACUAUUUGAAGAACUUACUAAACUAAGCACAAAAGAACCAACAAUUGUGCUUGAAAAACUCUAUUCUAACGCGAAACUAAGUAUUUCAUCAUUUUUGGCUUCCGAAAAAGGUGCAGCCAGUGCUUUUGAAUUUGUUAUCGCCAGCGAAUUGGUUCUUCUCAACAGAAACUUCAUUACACUAGAAAUUGCUGCCCAUCGCAGCGACAAAGUGCUCAUAAAGCUGCAAACAAGAGAAGGAGAUUGGUUCUUGGAUGACUUGGUAAUGAACAGCAUGAGAGCUGUAGAAAUGGUAAACACCCUUCUUUUAAGACAGACCACAGACGACAGAAAAAUGUUGCGUGUACUGAGUGGAGUUAAGAUUGCCAAUAAUAUUUAUCAGGGUCUUUUUGAUUUACAAUCCAACUUCCAUACGAUUAUUCUUCCGGAAAGUAUGAAAAAAAUUCAAAGUGAAGAACCGACUGUUCUUCAAAUGAUCAACGACUUAAACGAAUUAAUUUCAAGUUUGGAUUUAAGUAUACCGGAAUUAAUUGAACAGUUGGGCAAAAUUUUGCAGUCAAUUUUAAUGCAAAUGGAUGUAAAUAAAUCUUAUGACUAUAUACUAGAAAUGGUAUUAAACAUAAGAUUAAAGUUCCAGACUUUAAUAGGUCUUCAAACGGAAAACUUAAGUCAGGGAAAAAUGCUUUUGAUGGGAUUCAAUGGGUUAUUUGAAAAGCUAUCCCAAGAAAUGAACAAUUUAGUAAGUACUUUAAGCGAUUUGGAAACACCAAAAUCUUGGAAGAAAAUAGAUCAAGUAAAAGAGGCAAAAAGUAUUUCUGCCCACAUCUUUAAUCCUGAUGUAAGAAAAAUUCUUGACGAUAUAUUUUUACUGAAACGGAUCCAAACCAUUUCUGACUUUUUAAGAAUUUGUCAGGAUAUGUGCCAAUCCUUUAAAAAGAAUGCAAAUUUGGUAAUUUAUAAUGAUGAACAAUUGGCCAAACCGGUUAGACAGUUUAUAGCAGAUUUUAUAUCUUCCCAAUUAUUGGGAAUAACCACAGAGACUAUAGCAUACACAGUUUGUUGCAUUUUACAGAAUUUAGGCAUUGACUUGACUCUUGAAAUUGAGCAAAGAGACAUAGGAGCAGAGCAUAAAGUUCCUCUAGACGAAAUUUGCCACAAGGCAUGGAAUGUUUGCCUGAAGAAAGGUAUUUUUACUCACAAUGUUUGGUCUCAGGCUCAGAGUUUGGAAAAUAACUUAAAGAAUGCAUGGGAAAAAAUAAAAAACCCCAAAAAAUUGGAACAAAAACUUGCUCAGUUGCAAUCAACAGCCAUUAGAUUGCAAAAUCAAUUAAUGGUGCAUAAUUUUAUGUAUGAUGUACAUGGCAUUAAUUCGGUGAGAAAUAAACUUUUAGCAGAUUGUCACAAGGAAUUGCUAGCCCUUCAAACUGUGCUUACCAAAUUGGCAGAGGCUAGGGAAAAACAACAAAUUUUAAUUGAUAAUGCUUACCAAAGGUUAAAUUGGGCUAAGGGUGCAAAUCCAAAUGUAGGUGAAAUAUCAAAAGCGUUUGAGAAUGCCGUCCAAUUAAGAGAUAACCAAUUAAAUAUCGAGCAGAAAGCUGCUGCUAAUAUUCUUUCUAUCGGAAAUUCAAUUUUACAAUACGAAAUUUUACGGAAUAAUAACGUGGAGUCGAAUGCAUACAAUAAUGCUUUCUCCGAUAGUUUUGAAAAUUGGCGAACUGCUUGUCAAUACGGGAAUGAAAGAAUUGAGAGCAUGUCUCAUACUGAGGAGUGCAUAAUGAAUUUACUUUCAACGGAACUACUGAACGAUCCAAAAUGGUUAAACGUGAUUUCAGAUCAGAUUACAAAGAAAAUAUCGUUUGAGCAGAAGAAACUAACCGAAGCUAAAACCUUCAUAGUAUCCGAAAGACUGAAUUUGCAAAGCAUAAUAGAAAAUCUUAAGUUGAUUUACGGUGUUCAGGGGCGAUUAAUGUCGGACGUUAAGAAUUUAAUUAAAGCCAUGACUAAAAUUGAAGAUUACAGCGUGCAAACUCAUUAUUUUAUCGAGGAAUACCGUCAAUACAUCGAGCACUUUAACCUGCUUUUUGCCGCUUUUAAAAAGGACGUCCGCAUGGAGGAAAUCAACGAUGCCAUCAAACAUGUAGAGUUUAUUAAGACGCAUACAGAACACGUUUAUGAUAUGUUGUUUGAUUUGGAGGUUAAAAAAGGUAGAACAUCUUUGGUGCGGCGGGAUUGUCUUUUAAAUCUUAAAAUGCCAUUAAAACAAGACAGCACCACUAAAGGGCAGCAAAGGAACGCUUAUGCUGUCGGCGUAUGGCGUCGGGUGAAAAUGAAAUUGGAAGGUCGAGAUCCAGAUCCAGGCAAAAAAUAUACAGCACAAGAACAGGUUGAUUAUGUAAUAAAAGAGGCGACCAGUUUAGAAAAUCUGGCUCUGCUGUAUGAGGGCUGGACACCGUGGGUGUGAGAGAAUCAACUUGCGGCAGUACAGCCUGCCUGGAUCUCCCUUCAGUAACAGUAGAGCGCUAGCGCGCGAUCCGCAUAAUAGCGUGUGAUUGAAGCAGCACCAACAUCUAACUUAACUAGCUUCUCCGAUCAAGUCGCUUAGUUUUAUUGUAUAUGCAACGGGUCAACUAAAUUCAAGUCGGUCAAAACUAUUGAAAUUGAAAUUUGAGUAAACAAACGGAAUGUGAUUUAGAUUUUUGCAUUAAUGGGUAAAACUUUGCACCUUGCAAAUCUAGUAAAGUAAUUAAAAGUUCAUGCUGCUUUUCAUUUUUAUUAUCAAUGGUUAAAUGUCAGAUUUGACAAAACGCUGUCCACGGGGCAGAAGUAAAUUAAAAAAAUAAUAAAGAAGUUUUUAAGUAUGUUUUAACUUCUUGUAUUGUCAAUGACGAUUCGUCAUAUUUGUACCACUAAAAGCCUUUUGGUACACUUGGUAUUUUACAAAAAUUAAUGUCGUUAGGAAGCUGUUCUGGGUUAUUUUUAAUUGGGAUUCAAUAUUCUUUUUGCGCUUAGUACAAAAUUAAAAAAAAAAUUAUUUUGCAAUUUCAUUUAUGUAACUGUUACAUUGUAAGAAUUGGUUUUUAUCAAUUUGAGGUCGCAAAAUUCAAAUAUGAUUUUAGUUUUUUUAAUGUUAGCUUUUUAAUAUUUGACGUAAGCAAAUAAAUAAAAUAGACAAAACGAUUCUGUUAUAAAAUGAUCCAAGUUUUAUUAUUUUUUUGUGUUUUAUAUCUCUAUGUGUCUCAUUGUUUUGCUAAAGUUUUUUCCAACUAUAAAUAGAAAACUAAACAAAGAUGCAAUAUCUAAAAGAAGCUAAUAUUAAAAAUGUAAUGUCAUAUUUGCAUUUUAUUAUCCAUAAAUUAAUUAAUUGUCUUUUAAAAGAAAUGAUAAUAACAAAGUUUAAUUUUAUUGUUCUUAUUUUUGUUUAACGAAAUGUAUAGUGUUAAUUAAUAGAAGCUCUUGGUUUUGACUACAUCAAAACAAAUUAAUAUUUUAAUAUUUCUUUUUUAACUGAGUCUUAUUAAAAAUUUACCCUGAACGUACUUUAUAUUCCUUAAAUACAUGUACCACAUGAAUAUUCUGUGUGAGAAAAAAUAUAAAAAUAAAUGAGUCUGCUUUAGGCAAAUUAAUUUUUUCUUAAUAUUAAUUAUCUAGUUUUUUUAAACAUUUAUAUAUUAUUAUUUUAAGUAGGAUUUCGUUUAAUUUUUGUUAGAAUUCUUAAAUUUUAUUAUUGGCAGUAUAUAUAAUAUAUUAUAAAGAUCAUGUUACACCCAAUAAUUUUCUACAAAACAACAAUAGUAAUACAUACAUAUAUUAAAUGUUUCUUUAAAAUAUAAAAUAUCCAAUCAAAUUAUUAUUCAAAAUUCAAGAAAAUCAUUAAUAAAGUGCGUCAUAUGCAUAUUUCCUCAUUUGUAGGUCAAUGUUUUUAUUACAUAUAAAACAACCAUCAAAGGAUAACUUUAAAAUCUUUCUUUAAACUUCAAAAAUUUCUUUUAAUUUUGAUCAUUUUUAAGAUGUUUUAUUUCAAAUUAUAAUAAAUAAAAUACUUUGUUUUAGGUGUAGACUAAUAUUUCAAUUUUGUUAAUAGGGUAAUUUACCAUUAAAUUUGUGGAUAUUUGUCAAGACAUAAUAAACAAUACAUUUCAGUAUACAUUACAAUUAAAUAAAUUGACUUGUUAAUUAUGUUUAUACAUGUUUCUAUCAAUGUAUUUUUAACUCAAUAUAGUGUUAUAG